CAGACCCCACCCUGCAGCCCCUUCCCCUCCUCCCGGGAUUGGCCCGGCUUGCCUAGCUUCUGCCUCAGAUACAUAAGGGGACCCCACAGGCUGAGCAGCACCACAGCCACGCUGAGCAGCCAGCAGCACGACCAGCACCAUGUCUCUGACCAAGAGUGAGAGGACCAUCAUCAUGUCCCUGUGGGACAAGGUCUCCUCGCAGACCGAGGCCAUUGGCACGGAGGCUCUGGAGAGGCUCUUCAGUAGCUACCCGCAGACCAAGACCUACUUCCCGCACUUCGACCUGCACCCGGGCUCAGCGCAGCUGCGCGCCCACGGCGCCAAGGUGGCGGCCGCCGUGGGCGAAGCAGUCAGGAACGUGGACAACCUGCCCAGCGCCCUGUCCAAGCUGAGCGAGCUGCACGCCUACGUCCUGCGCGUGGACCCGGUCAACUUCAAGCUCCUGUCCCACUGCCUGCUCAUCAGCCUGGCCGUGCGCCUGCCCGCGGACUUCACCGCCGAGACCCACGCCGCCUGGGACAAGUUCCUGUGCCAAGUGUCCGCCGUGUUGACCGAGAAGUACCGCUGAGUGCUGCAGGCCCCAGGACAGCCCGUGGCCCCUUCUCUGCCCCUGAAGCCCAGGCCCUGGCCGCGCUUCCCAAUAAACGGAUCAGGAAGGAGGAUCUGGCUCCUGAGUUCUUUGUGCUGAGGGAAGGGGAUGGCGAGGGAUUUGGUUAGGUGGAGUCAGCCUUGUGUCUGAAGGCACGCCAUUUUGCCCGAGGACCUUCUGACC